AAUGGUACCUUGAACCAGGCCUGGAAGGUAUAGUUAGGUCAGUUGCCAACAUCUUGACUGAAGUUGUUUCUGCCUCCUGGCAUUUUUUUAAAAAGAGGGUUGGCAGCAGCAUUCUAUUCCAGUUGAAGCCACAAGUUGUUCUUUCUAACUCAAUGGAGCACCUUAGUAGAAAACGCAGAGACACUAAACUCAAAUGCAUCCAGCAGAAUCGAACCAAGAUGUUGCCAACAGACACCCACAGGGCUUCUCUUUCUUAAAACCUUUGCCUUUCUCCCUUCUGAAUCCACUUCCAGCCUCCUUGCACUUCCAUGUGCUUUUUAUAUUCUGCAUCCUGCUUCACAUCUGGCCUCUGGAUCUUGCCUGCCUUUAGCACCUUCUCUUUCUCCAGUUUUGCCUCUCACUUCUAGCUAUGCUUUCUGCCUGUGUUAAUGCUUUUGUUCCUACCCUAAGACUUGGCCACCUUGUCGGAGGAAGGUCAACUGGUUUUGGGAAUGGAGCCAGUACAGCUUCUGUGCCUUCAGCCUCCUCCAACUGCUUCUUUCAACCCCCAGAACUACUACAUGCAUUCUGCUAGCUUGCUAGCAAUAUUCUGAAGGGCUGUGCAAACCAGGGGCAGCUCUGUUGCUUUUAAAAGUACUUCUGCAUCAAUCUGGAGGUGCCUGUUGGCUCUAGAGACAAUUCAUGGUGUGUUACAUGGCAAGUUUGGAAGGGCUACCUAUGGCUAUCUGCUACUGGCAAUGUAAUUUUUUUAAAAAGAAGAAAUCUUUCCUCCACAAGUAGCAGCAAAGGGUAAAAAAAAAAACCAAGCACCUGAGCUUCAUCCAGUUAAGCUUGGCAAUUUUUUUCUGGUUCCAACUUCCCUUUAGGGAAGGGCUGCAGCUCACUGGUAGAGCAUCCUUUUUCCAUGCACAAACCCCCUGAUUAAUGCCUGAUGGCAUCUCCAUGUGAGACUAAGAGAAGUCCCUACCUGAAUUCCUAGCGAACCACCACUAGUCAGUGUAGACCAGGGGUAGGCAACCUAAGGCCUGGGGACCGGAUGCGGCCCAAUCUCCUCCCCAAUCCGGCCCGCGGACAGUCCGGGAAUCAGCAUGUUUUUACAUGAGAAGAAUGUGUCCUUUUAUUUAAAAUGCAUCACUGGGUUAUUUGUGGGGCAUAGGAAUUCAUCCCCCCCCCAAAAAAAAUAGUCCGGCCCACCACAUGGUCUGAGGGAUGGUGGACCAGCCCACGACUUUAAAAAGUUGCUGACCUCUGGUGUAGACAAUACUGAGCUUAGAUGGGCUAAGGCUCUGACACAGUGUAAGUAGCUCCCUAUGAGAUGGCCCAUCAGAUGUUGAUUAUGAAUGCUUCCUUUAACAGGCUCUGCUUAGCAGUACUUCAGUGAUGAAUUCCCCAGGAGGUGGCGGCAGGAAGGGGGAAUCUUUACCUUAAUUACUCUGAUCAUGUCAGAUGGAGAGAUGGAUAUUAAUUGAUUAGGCUCUGGGCUGGCCCUCCCUUAGCAAAUAAGCUGAGGAAAGGAAACCUCUUGUGGUCUGUUGCUUCAGUUUAUGACUGUCCUAAUAACCUGUUCCCUGUCAAGUUUCUUUCUUUAACUGCAGAAGCAAUUGCUAUUGAAGCUUGUUCCUUGGUAGCUUUAAACCAUCUGACAAGCUACGUCUCUGCCUUGUUGCCACAGUAGUGUCUUUGGCCUUAAUGAACAGGAGGGACUUAAAAUACGUACAGUGUUGUUUGAAAUGGUGUGAAGACCCAGAGGGGAGGUGCCAUUCUGCCUUUGGGAUAUUAGCAUAUGACACUGCCUUCUACUGAAUCAGGAGACCAGUUCUUGUUUUCUAGUUCUGAAAAUGUUUUCACUAGAGAGGUUAAAGACUCAGCCCUUCAGCUCCCACCAGCCUCAGCCAGCACAUCAUAUAGUAUACAUGACAGUUUUUUAUUCCAGUAUACCAUAGCGAGAUUAACAGCAAUAGUUAGAAAAGUCCCUAAGCAAAAAUGGGAAAAGGAAUGGAAAUACGUAAAAGAUUAUCUUCGUAAUGAAGGUAUAGAUUCCAGAUGGGUGAUCUGCUUCGAUUAAGUUCGUACAAGAUUGUUGGAUUUAUUAUGUAUAUAGGAAAAUUGAGACAUGAGAUAAGAAAUUAGUUUCAUAAGAGGAAAGCAUAGUUGAAUUUAUUUGUAAAUAGGGAACUGAUAUGGAAUGCUGGGAAGUUUAUUUUGUUUUAUGUUUGUUUGUGAUUUUUUUCUGUUUUCUGUUUUCUUUUUCUUUUUUAUAAAUUUGUUUAAUUUUGUAUUUGCGUUGUGUUGUGUUGAUUUUGUGGAUUUAUGUUGAUUUAUUAUUUAUGUUGAUUUAUGUUGAUUUGUAUUUUAUAUUGGUAUUAAAUAAAGUUUUUUUUAAAACAAAACAAAACAAAACAAAAAAACCACAUUUGACAUGAAAUAUUGGAGGGGUGGAAAUAAAAACACUCUUAAUGAAGUGUAAUGUUAUGUGAUCAUUUUUAUUGGGAUACUUUUAAAAGUAUAAAGAUAAUGCCAUGAAUUUCUGUAACAUUAACAUUUAAAUUUACAAAAAAAGACAGAGGUGCUAAAUACGUUUUAUCAACCCAAAUAAUGCAUAAUAUACUGACUUGCAUACUUCCGAGAGUUAACCACUGAAAAACAAUUGCAGUUUUGAAACUGCCAGACUUUCCUAAUACUAUAUUUGCAGUUGACACCCAUUCAUUGCUGCUACUGAACUAUGAAAUGGAACAUUUUAUUGGGGUGGGGAUUUCCACCCUAUAUCACAGGCUCAGUCCAGUUAAAAAAUGGUAAGGCUGGGAAAGGCCUUUCUGUUCCUGAAACACUGGAAAGCCACUGUCAAUCAGAAGAAGCAGUGCUUGACUAGAGGACCUCUGGACUGACUUUGUAUAAAGAACCUUCUUAAUUAUUAUAAGUACUGCUGACAAGGGUAGCCAAAGUGGUUUCCUCCAGGUGUCAAUCAGAAAUAUUUUAAAUAAGCUGUCUCUCCCCCACCCCAUUGACCAUUACACGUUCAGUAAACUCCUAUUAACUUGAGCAUGCAGAGUUCCCCUCUUUGCUCUUCUGCUUUUCCUGUUCAGCAUUUUGGAAGCUUAUAUUGCCAUGGCUGUGUCCCCCACCACCACCCGCCAAAAAAAGUAGCUUCACAGUCCACUGGAAACCAGAGCUUGCGUCAAAUAGAGCAGCAAACUCUUUAGCUACUGUUGGGCUGACUCCAUUGUGUGCUGGACAGUGGGACAUUGUAGUGGAACUGAUUAAGCAACAACGGAAAGGGGGGCAGCGGGGAGACAGAUGCUCAAAAGAACCGUAGGUUCAGAGGGAGUUGAGCAGAUAUUUACAAAAGAUUUUUUCAGGAGGUUUACUAUUUAACUGGUCCAAAAGGUUGUGGGAGGGAAGACUUGGCCAACAGGCUGGUUAUAUAUGGUCAAUUACUUUACAGCAUUGAUUUCAUAGUACUGUACCAGAGAGACUUGUGGUUUUUUUUCUGUACAAGCUAUGAAACAAAGAAACACAAUCCUUUUAAACCAGUGCUGGCCAACAUUUCUCAGCAAGUGUACCACUAGUUCCAUUCAAAAUAAGUACAGUACUUGAACCACUUUUUAGAACACGUACCAUCUCCAUAUGCAGCCAUUCUCUCCCCUCCUCUACACACCCACCAUAGUUCUGUCACUUGUCUACUGAGCCAAGGAAGCCAGUGGUAGGUAGAGCCAGGGGCAAAAGUUGUUGGAGCAACCAAGGCAAUUCUUUCUUUUGUUUAGUGGACAGUUUUACCCCCCCCCCCCAAAGCAUGUCUGUCAAUCCAUGCAAGCAAUUUAAAGGAACAAUCAGAGUUCCUUUUCACACUUAUUGGCUCAGUGGGUUAGAGCGUGGUGCUGAUAACACCAGGGUUGCAGAUUCAAUCCUGGUAUGGGACAGCUGCAUAUUCUUGCAUUGCAAGGGGUUGGACUAGACCAGGGGUCAGCAAACUUUUUCAGCAGGGGGCCGGUCCACUGUACCUCAGACCUUGGGGGGGGGCGGACUAUAUUUUGGGGGAAAAUAUGAACGAAUUCCUAUGUCCCACAAAUAACCCAGAGAUGUAUUUUAAAUAAAAGGACACAUUCUACUCAUGUAAAAACACCAGGCAGGCCCCACAAAUAACCCAGAGAUGCAUUUUAAAUAAAAGGACACAUUCUACUCAUGUAAAAACAUGCUGAUUCCCGGACCGUCCGCGGGCCAGAUUUAGAAGGCGAUUGGGCCGCAUCGGGCCCCCGGGCCUUAGUUUGGGGACCCCUGGACUAGACGGUCCCUUCCAACUCUGCAGUUCCAUGAUUCUAUGAAUUGGGAUGUGAAGCAGGGGUGGGGGGGGUGUGGCUGGGAAAGAGGGAACAUGGCCUGGGGAGAGUUCUGAUCACUGGGUAAAGAGAGGCUUGAGAGGUUGCAUUUGGCCUACAUAGGCCUGAGAUUCCCCACCCAUGCUCUAAACACAGGCAGAGAACAGUGCAGGCUAUAAGUGACCACAAAAUAGAAUACAGUUUGGUGCUUGCUCAGUUAAGGCUCUUGUUGUGUAACCAGUUGAUAGAAGGUGAAAGCAAAAGGAAGUUUGUCUGCUUGGGGGGGGGGGGUGACUUGCUCUCCUUUUUAAGUAGCACUGUAGGCUUAUGUCCUCCUUGUUGACAAAGUUACAGGACUGUUGGUGUAACAGCAUUCGAAGUCUCCUGAUUUUGUGUUGGUAGGUUUUUAAAAGCCACAUUCAAAGUCAACUCUGAAUGGAGAAAGACGAAGCCUGCCACAGUGCUCCUCUCCAGGUGUGCUGCAGUCUCCCCUGCUCCUUCCCCAUGGUUUAAGCAUGCACGUGAUGGGCCGACUGCUUAUGUUUGCAGAUAUUAGCAUACAUGAAUCAUUCUCAAGAAACUGUGAACAGCUCUUUUUGGUUGUUAUUUUGGAGGAAUCUUAAGGAUAGGCUAAGCAGUUAUCAGAUUUGUUUAAAGUGAAUUUAAGCAAAUAAAACACACAGGGCUCACUCCAAAAUAUAUGUUGCUGCUCACCCCCACCCCAGUGCAGCAGUAUUUUUUAUUUAUUACAUUUAUUUAUUCACUGCUUUCUACAAAAAAGUAUCAAAGUGACUUUCAAAUAUAUAAAAUACCAAAUACUGUAGCUUAUUGAUCAUAAAACUAUAUAUAUUGGGGGGGGAAUGCAGUAAAGCAAACCCUUAUAAACAUGUUCAUCCAGCAGCUAUAAAAAAAGGACAAUUCUUGUCCCAUGGCAGGAAUGAUAGACCUCUCUCAAACUUUUUAAAGUAUGUGUGUGGAGUCAAAUAUUGCAGUGUGGUUUCUCUUGAUGGCAUGGGAAAUUGAUAGGCCUGUGUGUUUGGGGCAUUCCUGAGUAUAGAGCAGGGACAGGGGAUCUGUGGCCCUCUACAACAUUGUGCACUUCUGCUUCCAUUAUCCCUGACCAUUAGCCAUUCUGUCAUGGGUUGAUGUGAGUUGAAGUCUAACAACAUCUGGUGUGCUACAGCUUCCCCACGACUAAUACAGGGGCACAUGAUUGCUCGAGUUCAUAUAGAAACUACCGUACCACAAGUCCUUUGGCAGCAUAAAAAUGUACUGUAGUAGAAACUUUCAUGGACUGGAGCCCAUUUCAUCUGAUGCAUGGGUAGGAAAACUAAGGCCUGGGGACCGGAUUCGGCCCAAUCGCCUUCUAAAUCCAGCCUGUGGAUGGUCCAGGAAUCAGUGUGUUUUUACAUGAGUAGAAUGUGUGCUUUUAUUUAAAAUGCAUCUCUCUGUUAUUUGUGGGGCAUAGGAAUUCGUUCACCCCCCCCCCCCAAAAUAUAGUCUGGUCCCCCACAAGGUCUGAGGGACAGUGGACCAGCCCCCUGCUGAAAACGUUUGCUGACCCCUGAUCUGAUGCAUGACCUGUUAUCCUUAGUUGAAAGAGAGAGAGGAAAACUUGUAUGUACAGAGGGGGGGAAAUUGUAACCAGCAAGGCCACAAAGACCGUGAAAUGCAAGAGCCGCAGUGGGUCUGCAUACCCUCAACAGUGGUAAUUGGUGCUAAUACAAUCUUCCUAGCUUUGCUGUGCUAGUUUAGCACCUCUAGUAGGGGAGAGAUCCCACAAUUCCUGGGAUUUAGUUUCAACUGAAUGCUAGCUGAAGUGGAGAGGAGUACUUUCCUUCUGUGGGUGACCAAUUUCUUGCUAGACUAAUCAACCACUCCCCCAAAUAAUGCACAUCGGUGUUCUUGCAGGCAGCCUCAGAGGGGCAGCAUGUGAAUUUUUUUCUCUUGAGUGUGCACAUUUCCUACCCCCCCCCCCCACUAGAGUGGGAUAUGGGACCUGAGAAGAGCAAUUUAAGGAAGGGAGCUGCUGCUUGCUGCUGCUGCUGCUGCAAAAGUGGUUGGGUGGCACUGAUAUUUGAAAUAUCCGGACUUCCAGGUGAAGAUGGCGACGAUUGAGGCUGCUUUAUUCUUGAGUUCCAUGAUCUUUUUCUAGUUUUAAUUUGCUUUAUGUUGAAUAAUUUCAAAGUGUUAAAGUCAAUGGGCCUAGCAGUUGGUGUUGGUUGCCACAUACAGGCAAGGAGCAUAUCUCUUUUACUUCUAAAGGUAAAGGUAAAGGGACCCCUGACCAUUAGGUCCAGUCGUGACCGACUCUGGGGUUGCGCGCUCAUCUCGCAUUAUUGGCCGAGGGAGCCAGCGUAUAGCUUCCAGGUCAUGUGGCCAGCAUGACAAAGCCACUUCUGGCGAACCAGAGCAGCACACGGAAAUGCCGUUUACCUUCCCGCUGUAGCGGUUCCUAUUUAUCUACUUGCAUUUUGACAUGCUUUCGAACUGCUAGGUUGGCAGUUUUACUUCUAGGUUGGCACUUUUACUUCUAUGUGGACUUAAAAGCCAUUUAUUUUAAUUGGAGGAUAGGAGGUGGGAGAGCAGCUCUUUUGGCUCAGUUUUAAACUGAUAAACGCUUAAAAUACCAUCUCGACCAAAAGAUACUCUGUACAGUGGUACCUCGAGUUACAGAUGCUCCAGGUUACAGACUCCACUAACGUGGAAGUAGUACCUUGGGUUAAGAACUUUGCUUCAGGAUGAGAACACAAAUUGCGCGUCGGCGUCGGCGUGGGAGGCCCCAUUAGCUAAAGUGGUACCUCAGGUUAAGAACAGUUUCAGGUUAAGAACAGACCUCCAGAACGAAUUAAGUUCUUAACCUGAGGUGCCACUGUAGUUUUAACAUGGUUAUUACACAUGUACAGACCUGUAGUGCUUCAGAACUCAAGAAGUGCCCAUUGCCUAAUUUAGUCCAGGAAUCUAUGCUGCACUAUUGUGACUCAGCAAGGGAUGCAGAUGUAACUUUAAAGCACUUGCAGGAAGAUUAAAUUGAUAUAUCUUACAUGGAGAGCCCUGGAACUUUACAUUGCGAGUGUGCAAGUAUGGGACUGGAGAAGCCUUAUCCCAGGUAAGAGGUUUUGUUACAUACUCCUCUAAUGAAAGCUUAGCUAACUGGUCAACUGAUCUGGACUUACUAGGAGCUGAUAUAUACGUAUGCUGUAAGGUAACCUCAGCUUCCUCCAUAUAAUGAAAGCUCAACUAAGCAUAAUAACAAUCUUGGCAUAACAGACUCUACCACAACAGAGACUGAAACUCCUUCACUGUGGGAACUUUUACGCGACCAAUGUCUCCUGUCUAAACAAACAGCAGAGGGAAUCUUUAGCAGAAUCGACACAUUGGAAAAGGAAAAUUUGGGUUUGAAUGCCAUAAUUGGUGCACUGGCUGUGUUAGUGAAGACAGGAAUUCUGACUGUAGCCCUGCAGAUAAGACCUGCCAGCAAAGAAACUGAAGUUAGUGGUGGUUUGAAGGUACAUCAAUAUGGGAAUAGGUCUGCAUUUGCUAAGACCCUAUCAGAUUCAGUAACCAAACAGUUAAAUUACAUCUAUCAAGAUUUGAACUUAGAAACCUGCUUUUAGACCAAAAUGAAUGCUUAAGAAAUGGAUUUGUGGGAGUUGUUUUCCAUUCUCAACCCUUUCAGAUUCAAGCCUCCUGAUCAUAGCUGUCAAGUUCUCCCUUUUUUAAGGGAAAUUCCCUUAUGCUGAAUAGGCUUCCUCGCGAGAAAAGGGAAAACUUGACAGCUAUGCUCCUGAUAGUGGAUUAGUAUGCUGAUAAUCCACUUGCUACCAUCCAAGGAAAUGAUCUCAGCCCAUCACCUGAUCUAACUUGUUUAAGCCCCAAUCUGUCAUCUUUUGAUGGCACUCCAGAUGCUUUAGGUCAGCACUCCCAAGUUUCCUGCUCUACAACGCAUACGGGAAGAAAAAGCAAAUGAUGGAUUAAUAAACCCACUUCGAAAGGUGGUGAAUGAGGGAGAAAGUUCAAAUUUCAGUGAUGAUUCUUCUAAAAAGAGGUCUGUAGGUGGUCAUUCAUAACUGGCCAAUGAAGAAAUCCAGUGGAAUAAUGAAAACAGAAUCUGAACUGCAAGCAGGAAUUCAAGGCAUUAUAGGGGCUUCCCUGGAUUUAGGAAAUUGUUUAUGUUGUAAAUACCUGCGUAAAGAGGCAGUAUCGAACUAAACUUUCAGGAUUCUGAUGUAUGGGAUAAAUUUUGGUCUUUAAUUCAUAUGUUUGCUGACAGAGAACUUUAAUUUUAAUUAAAAGGUUGUCCAAAUACGCCCACCCAAUGGCAUGUUAGAUAUCAAUCCCCUCUUUUUACUAGAGCAGGGGUGGGAAAGCCCUGUUGUUGUUUUUCGGGAGGAGGAAGGUCAGUUUUGGGGGGUUCAGGUCAUACGUAGUUGUUGAGCUUUUUUCCAGGGAGGAGGGAAUUCCCAUUUGGGAGGGGGUCAGGGCUUUUUUAGGGGAGCCAAAGUUGUUGAGCUGGGGAGCCAGCAAUCUGCCAGUGAUCUACCACAGAUGUCCAGUGAUCUACCAGUAGAUCAUGAUCUACCUGUUGGACGUGCCUGUACUAGAGAAAGGGAAUUGCAGUCUGGAAAAGGCAAUUUGAGAAGAAGGAGCAAGAAGUUCUCAAGCCAUAAGACCUCUGCCUUUGUCACCUAUCCUAAUAAUAUCCAGAUAAGCUCCAGUAGACAAGAAAGAAAGAUUCGUUAUACAGUAUUGGAAGAAAUAUGCCAAGGUUUGAAGCCCCCAACUCCUAUCCUGCUAGCAAUCCAAGAUAAGCCCAGGUAAAGGUAAAGGUACCCCUGACCGUUAGGGUCCAGUCGCGGACGAACACUGGGGUUGCAGCGCUCAUCUUGCUCUAUAGACUGAGAGAGCUGGUGUUUGUCCGCAGACAGCUUCCGGGUCAUAUGGCCAGCAUGACUAAGCUGCUUCUGGCGCACCAGAGCAGCGUACGGAAACGCCGUUUACCUUCUUGCCGGAGCGGUACCUAUUUAUUUACUUGCAGUUUGACGUGCUUUCGAACUGCUAGGUUGGCAGGAGCUGGGACCGAGCAACGGGAGCUCACCCCGUCGCGGGGAUUCAAACUGCCGACCUUCUGAUUGUCAAGCCCUAGGCUUAGUGGUUUAGACCACAGUGCCACCCGCGUCCCUGCUGGCAAUCUAAGAUAAGCCCAGGCCUAAUGUUAAUUAUAGAAAAGCAAAUUAUGAUACCUUCAGCUUUCCUCUAAGAUACCAUAACUGACUAGAAAACAUCCAGAAAGGUCUUAACAUUCUUUCCUGGAACCUGUGGGGUUGGAAUGAUAAGAAGGCGGAUAAGGAUUUUAUUCAUAUGCUCCAGCAACGUGAUAUAUAAUAUGUUUGCAAGGGGCUUGGUCACACAAACAUACCCCCCACCCCUUUACAGGGUUAUAACUCUUUUAACCAGCCAGUGCUUAAGAAAUUUUAAAAGGGUUGAGGAAGUGGGGCUUGGCUACUUUUAUUUACUGGUAUAUCACUUGAUUUGGCAGGGGAAGUUUUGAUAACAGAUUUUGGAAUUCAAAAUAAUUAUCUUUUGUCAGUAGAAAUUAAAACUGAAUUAGGAAUAUUUUUUUCUGUAUAAACAUCUACCUUCCCUCUACUAAUAGUUUGUCACUGACCACCAAGAUUUGAUCAGCUCUAGCAUCUUUACUGGAGCGGAUCAUUCAUAAAGUUAUACAGCAUUUAUAUUUUUUGUGGGGCUUUUAAUGCCCGAAUUGGAGCAAUUGCAGAAGGUCUCUUGCUGCUCUUUAGGCUUAGACUUGGAACAUAUAUUCCUAACCUCACAUUGUUAUUUGGACAAUAAAUAAGGACCUGAAAUUGUUGGUUCAUAUUCCAACAUAAUUUAUAUGUUAUUCACAGGAGUCCUGUGAAUACAAGUCUACUCAAAAACAGGAAAGCUGAAUAUACAAAAAACCAGUGACAGGCAUUGGGACUAGCAGUAAUGAAAUGGAGGGAAGACAACAUUCUGGGAACUGGUGGCCAGGGGUUUAAAUGAAACAAAAUAAUCACAGGAAGACUCAAUUCCUGCCUUUAAUUGGGUUAAAUGUUUCUCCAACAUAUUUGGUGGUUAAUAAUAAUAAUAAUAAUAAUAAUAUUUAUACCCCACCCUUCCUGGUUUAGAAACCGGGCUCAGGGCGGAUAACAACAAAUAUAAAACAUUGAUUAAAAAUGACUUGAAAACAGCUUAAAAACAGCAUAAAAUACAAACAUCAAUGUAGCAUCGCCAGGGCUAACUGGCCAAGUUAGUCCUGCUAAGGCCAGCAAGGAGACCAGGGAAUAAUUUUAAUGUGGGGACCCAGAAGGGUUUCUUCAUUAAAAAAAGGGGGGAAGGGAAAAAGGAAUGGAGGAUCAGGCUAAAUUGAAGGCCAGGCGGAAUAACUCUGUCUUACAGGCCCUGCAGAAGGAGAUCAAGUUCCGCAGGGCCCUAGUCUCAUGGGACAGAGCAUUCACCAGGUCAGUGCCAUCACUGAAAAGGCCCUGGCCCUUGUGGAGGAUAAUCUGGCUUCUUUAGGGCCUGGGACCCUUAAGCUGUUAUUAUUCGUGGACCUUAGGGUCCUCUGUGGGGCAUACCAGGAGAGGUGGUCCCGUAAGUACGAGGUUCCUAGGCCGCGUAGGCCUUUAAAGGUCAAAACCAGCACCUAAAAUCUGACCGGGUACUCCACCGGGAGCCAGUGCAGCUGGUAAAGCACUGGGUUAGUCUGGACAAUCACAGGUGCCAGCAGUAUAUCCCAUUUUAGAGACUAGUUAUCUGAUCAAACUCUCACCACUUCCUUAAGAAAUUCCUUUAAAAGGUAAAGGGGCCCCUGACCAUCAGGUCAAGUUGUGUCCGACUCUGGGGUUGCGGCGCACAUCUCACUCUAUAGGCCGAGGGAGCUGCUGUUUGUCCGCACACAGCUUCCGGGUCAUGUGGCCAGCAUGACAAAGCUGCUUCUGGCGAACCGGAGCAGCGCACGGAAACGCCGUUUACCUUCCCGCCGGAGCGGUCCCUAUUUAUCUACUUGUGCUUUCAAACUUGAGCUACAUUUCCAAAUCAUGCCCUCUACAGUCUUGGAUGGCUGAUAAAACAAGGCCCCAUACGCAAACAGACUGUGUGUUAGUAGUCAACCUCACUCAUUAUCAGUUAGCCUGCCCCUUGUAUAGAGAUCCAAGAGAUUGCUUUCUGAAACUUGUUCAUAGGGCAAGCAGGCACACCCCAGCAGAAAUGCUUCAGUUUCUUUUGAGAGACACUGUUCUUGGACAGUGUUCUUGAAGCUACUAACAUGCGUCUGACCAAACUGCGGGAGGCAGUGGAAGACAGGAGUGCCUGGCGUGCUCUGGUCCAUGGGGUCACAAAGAGUCGGAUACGACUAAACAACUAAACAAGAACAACAAUAGGUUCAUAACACACCAAGUGGCCCUCUAUACACAGGCUACAAAAAAUAAAAAAGGAGUUAGAUAAAAUAGCUAUAAAUUGUUGUGAUGAUUCAGAGAUUUAAUCUGAAAUCAAGCUAGAUUUAAGUUUGUUUGUAUCUUUGGUAACUUCUCUCUUACAUCAUGGAUGUUAGCAAAUUGGAUUUUAAAAAGGCAAAAUAAAGUUAGAAUUGGAGCUAAGAAAGAUGCAAAAAGCAAACUUUAGUAAUGCUCAGGAACUUGGCAAAGUUUUUUUAAUGGUUUUUUAUAUUAUGGAUGUAUGCUCUGUGUUAUUUUAAUUAUAUUGCCUAGUUAGUACAAGUUUGUCAUGCCCUUGGGCUAGAACAGUAAACUUAUUAACUUUAAAAUUUGAAGUACUUUCCAGCUACAUCAUGCUGGACUUCUUCAGGAAGGACUGCAGCUUACUGAAGGGGUAGGUGGCCUCUUGUCCUUGGGAAACUUGCAGCCCUCAAUGCUUACUAUACGUGGUUCUCAAAUUAAUUUCAUAAGUUCUAUGCAAGUGAUCAGGCCAGACCUCUGGCAAGAGCAAUCUGUUUCUUUCCUAGCACCACAGUGGACAGGGAGGAAGAGGGAGAGAAAGGGAGUGGCAGAAAAAAAGAGAAGUGUGUGUGCGUGGGGGGGGGAUGCUCAUUUUUGGCUUGCCUUAGGCAACAUGCAGCCCCUGAGAAAUUUUGUGCGCAGUGGAUUGUUGCCUUCGAGAGAGAGGGGGGAAACAGGUUGUCCUAUUGCUUGAUGCUUUUCUGACAGGCGCUAGCCGGUGCUAGUAAGACUGGUGGGGGUCCUGUCCCAGGUACUUGGUCUUGGCAAGACCUAUGCAGAGUUGGUGUUCAGGCACCCUCUAUAUACUGGGACUGAAAGGUUGCCCACCUCUGACUUGGUAGUACAGAUAUGUGUACAGAUAUGCAUGUUCAAUAUGUGCACAACCGUGCCGUGUUAUCUUUUAUGGCUGACUAAAAAGGAGCCCUAGUUAACUGGUUUUCAUAUUUUUUAAAUACCUGUACUUUGAAAACCUGCAGAUAACACAGACCAUCUUAGAAGGAUUCUUCAUUUUAUAUUCUCUGUUGCCUUCUCUACAGUGACGUAUGAGUGCAUCAACUUGAAACAGCCUGCUUCAACCUGGUACCCUCCACUCCACUGAUCAUUUACAUGUAGUUUGGCCAGUGGUUGGGGAAUUUGUCCUAAACAUAUGUAGGAUACCAGGUUGGAGUUGGCUGCCUCAAGAAGGUAUACAGUUUCCCUCGGAACUACUUAUUCCUCAAAUGCAGAGGAUUGCUCAUAUUAAAGGAUUGCUCAUAUUAGUAUCGGUUGGUUAACUAAUUACCAAUUAAUUAAUUGUCAGGGCUCUCUCACAAUUUAAAAUACAAAGAAUAAACUUAAUUGACUGAUAGCCCUACCGGUAGUAAUAACCAACCCUCUGUGCUCUUAAAAAUGGGGACAGAAUGUAGAUGUAACCAGACUUUCAACCCCCUCCCUCCCUUCUUGCAUUCUGCAACGUGACUGUACAAAACCAGGGCUGCCAGUUGCAGCUGCUGCUUCCAGAGAACUGCACAAACACCUUCGUUUUUUAAAAAAUCCCUGGGCAGAUGGUAGGGCUUCUCAGAAGCUUCAACUCCUUUGAAGCUGAACACUACUUCCAUUUAUUAUAUAUUAACAUUUUUGUUUUGACUUUCUUUUGAAGGAUCUCUGGGUGGCAUGCUGCUCUUGCCCUCUGAGGUAGGCUGGAUUGAGAGAUAGUGACUGGCCCAAAGUCACCCAGUGAGCUUUAUGGCUGACUAUGGAUCUGAACCCGAAUCUAGUGCUCUGUCUGCUGCUUGCACCUUGAAUAGAGUGAGUUAGCUCUUUAGGAAAUGUUAGAAGCAGUGGCAGAAUUUCCCUUGAUAAAGAAAGAACACAUCUCAAAACUUGUCUGUCAGUCCAGCCAUUGGGUACUUUUGUCUUGCUUUGGUCUUGAUUUUUUAAAAUCCUUGUUAUUACCGGUAGUGCUACCUGUUUGCCCUGAGCCAUCUAGAUCCAUCAGCAGAGAUUAACACGACAUGGCUCAGUUUUGAAGAUAUUUCCUUAGCCUACGCUUUGUUUGCUUGCUUGGAUGGGCAACUUGAAAUUUCCCCUUCACCAAUUACUUAUUUGGUCUCUUUCUGCACCGCCACCCCACCCACAUCUCUAUUUCUUCAAAAGUAGUGACCCCCCCCCCCCCCCGCCUAGUUAGCAGCUGUCUAGCUGGGAGUUGAAACUUUUCACUCAGGGUUCCUGAAAGAGGGGCAAUGUGGCCAGUGCUUCUAAAUAGUUUUGGGUUUUAUUUUUGUUUCAAAGAGAACCAUAGCAGCAUGUUCUCCCUGCUUGAUUUGGACACCUUUUUCUCUCCUUGGUUGGGGUAGGGGAAGGACAGAAAUGGAGUGGAAGUGCAGCUGAGCCCUUUAUACAAAACAAGAUGACAGGCAGAGGGCACAGAGUUCAGUGUCACAUUACAUUGUACAGGCUUUGAAGACUGGCCAGCAACAGACCUAAGUGUCUGCACCCACCCACCAGGACCUUUGCCAAAGGCUUCCGUAUUUGGAUCCACUUCCAGGUGUUCUUAAAGGCCCUGUAUUUAAACAAGCAUGGUUGGUUGCCAGCUGGAGGGAGAGGGGGACCUCAUGGAAUACUUGCAGAAACUUAGGUGCAUCAAAACACAAUACCCUCCAAAACAAAAUGUACAAGCAGAGGCAGGACCCCUCCCUCAAGCUCCCUUCCGAUAACCAUCCUGGAUGCUUGGAUGCACAAGAUCCUGAAGUGACUUGAUUUUGAUAGGUUGGAAAAAUACUUUUCCAGCCUCUCCCCACAUUUUGUUCAGUGUAUCUGGACCAAGGAAGCAGUGUCAAACUGUCUUGCUUCAUCUUCUUCCAGUUGCUGCAUUACAGUCCAGGAGACUUGGUUGCCCAGCUUUCUGUUUCCUUUGAAAGUGUGCAGAUAUUGAGGUUUAUGAACACACCCAUGCCUCUCACCUCCUUACCCCAUAUGUCUUGCAGAAGUCCUCCUGUUCUGUCUGCAAACUGUAGGCAAGGUUGGCUUCUCAGGGAUGGGGGCCCAGAAGCUGCUUUAAGACCCUGAUGUGGUGAAAAGUGGAAUAAAGUCUGUGUUCUAUGUUUAUAAUAAUAUUUUAUUCUCUUAUUAAUUAUGCUGUUUUAAAAGUUCAUUUUAUAUUUGUCUUCCUUUAGUAAUGUUUCCUUUUGAAAUUUUAUUUUAUUUGCUGCGUUGACCUCUCUAUAAUGUUUUAUUUUGUUUCCUGUUGGUUAUGUUGCUUUGAACGUAUAAGUUUAUGUUUGACUUUCUUCAGUAAUGUUUUAUUUUGGAUUGUUUUAUUUGAUGUUUUAAUGUGUUGUAAACCAGUUUCAGAUUUUUUCCUAAAAAUAUAAAGAGGUAUGGAAAUGAAUAAUAAGAAUUGUUGUUGUUGUUGUUGUUAAAAUAAAUGGGGCGUGGCUUACGGAAUUCCCUCCCUGAAGAGGCAUUCCUGGCAUGAGCAUUAUUGUCUUUUGGUAUCGGGCACAGAUUUUAAAAAAGAUAAAUUUCAUAGACUUUUUAGGUUGUUAGUUAGACACAGUACAGUUUAUUAUAUAUUUUCAUUUAGUAUUUUUGACUUGCUUUUGCAUGCCGCCCUGGAAGAUUUGCUGAAAGGGGCAGUGUAUAAAAAUAUCAGAUGAAUAAAUAAGUUUGAUUUGUGUCUGUAGCAAGUCACUGACACAGCCUCUGUGGAUGCAGAGAGCUCUUUCCCACCAUCCGGAACUUUAGUGGAAUUAAAUUGGAGCCAUGCAAACCCACCCCGCUCCCCUGCAAUCUUUUCUUCUGGUCCCAACCCCUCCCCCUGCUGCCAGCUGUUUAAGCUGAUCUGUAAAGAAUGCUCUUUUCUCUGGUUUCUAGGCUUGGAUUAUACAGCUCUUUAACCAGCUCUCUUCAACCCAGCAAAAGUAGCAUGGCGGUGCAGGGGUAGAGGGGAGACCUGGCAGAGUCUGUUGCCCUAUGUUAGUUGUUUCUUUUUCUCUACUCCUCCCUUAAAUAUCAUUCACAUCACGGCACUCCAUAUAAAGAGGCUAGGAAGUGGGUGUAAGGUACCUGUAAUGGAGGUGCCCCACGGCUGUGGGUAGUAAUAUACAGAUGACUUACUGUAAAAGAUUAUGGGACAGAUUAAAAACAGGAAAAGAAUCCUUUAGGAAACUGAGAGCCUUUUGUUACAUACCAGACUCCAUUUUAACUGUAUGGAAAUGCUAGAGAAGGCGGCCAGAAUAUUUUCUAAUUUCUCAGGAAUUGUAGACAUUGUCAUUUGCUUUAAAUUUAUUUUGAAUCUUGAGGAGAGGAUAUAAAUGACACUGGCCAUUUUUAUUUAUUUAUUUUAUCAUGUCUUUUUAUAUACUUUCCUAUAAUGAAAGCUAGAUUUUAGCUCAGUUGGUAGAGCAUGAGACUCUAAAUCUCAGGGUUGUGGGUUCAAGCUCAGUGUUGGGCAGAAAGAUUCCUACAUUGCAGGAGGGGGAGAGCCAGUGUGGUGUAGUGGUUAAGAGUGGUAAACUCGUAAUCUGGUGAACCGGGUUUGCACCCCCGCUCCUCCACAUGCAGCUGCUGGGUGACCUUGGGCUAGUCACACUUCUCUGAAGUUUCUUGGCCUCACUCAACUCACAGAGUGUUUGUUGUGGAGAAGGAAGGGAAAGGAGAUUGUUAGCCGCUUUGAGACUCCUCCUCCUCCUUCGACACUCCUUCUUCUUCAUUUUCUUCUUCUUCUUCUUCUGCUAGAUGACCCUCGGGGUCCCUAGAAGUCUACGAUUCUAUGAGAAGAAGGCUACCUCAAGACAAAGAUGGCUUAGUAAAACAGACCAGGGGGAAACUCCAGUUUCAGUGCAUGACGAGUACAGUCUUCUCAAUAAAUUCAUAAUAGGAAAAGAAAUAAUGGGUCUGCAUGGGUAGGUAAGCUAUGCAGGAAAAGUGGGGGACAUUGAUUCUCACCUGAUUUGAAACUUUCCUCCCUGUUCACCUAGUGGCAAUUUUUUACUUACCACAGGUGAGUGGCUUUAGCCUUUAUCUACAUUUCUAUCUAGAUUUCAGUCUUGGUACCUCCUCCCUCACCCCCCCUCAUUUGGGUUACAAGUAAAACCUGAAACAAUAAUUAGAAUUGCAAUUCAAGAUAGAAACAAUGCUAGUUUAUGCAGCACUGAAACAAGUGUAUUUUUUUCACCUUGCUGGAAUGCAAUUAGCAAGGGAGGUAGGCUGCCCUCACUUGAGAAGACCUUUACUGUAUGAGCUAUUUCCCCCCUCUUUUUUUAAUUGCAUCUUUUUAACUUGAGCCACAUUUGGUUUUUAAACCGGCUGUUGUAAUAAUCCUGCUGCUGCUAUCUGGCUACCCACCUCAAAGUGGGGUUGAUUGUUACAGUCAAGGACAAUGUGGGGAGCAACAUAUUACUCUUGGUGGGCUAUUCACGCAUGCGGAGUUGAAGAGGAGAAUAUCUUAGUUUGUUUAUAAUGUGCUUUUUAAAAAAAUUAUGGCUCCACAUAUAUACAGUAAUGUAAUUCUUACAACACCCCUGAAAAGUGGCCCUCCAUUCUGAUUCAGAGCUUGCAUGGCUUCUACUGAUGCAGAGAUGCAGAGGUGAGUGUUAUCAGCCAGGUGUUCACAACUCACCCCAGAUUUCCUGAUGACCACUCCCAAAGGCUUCAUGUAGAUUAGGGACACCAUAUAGCACAACUGGGGGGGGGGAGGACAAUCACUCAGUGGUAUUACCUUAAACCAACCCUGGAUAUAGAAUCGGAAGCACUAUAGAACAGUGCCUCCAGUAACCAUCCCACUAAGUUGACUCAGAAGGAUAACAUAUAGUCAAUGACAGGAAAAGCUGCUUGGAGAUCAUGUAAGAACAACCAGUUUGCACUUUCCCUGUUCUUCUCUCCACAAAAGCAAUCCAUCAGUGCAAUGGAUUUUAUCCCAGUGAACCUUUCCACAGCCUUUGAUUCCUCCCCCCACCUGCUUGUUUUUCUCCCCUUUGAAACAAUACUCUGCUACUACUCCCCCUCCUUCGCACAAUUGUUUUUUUCUGUGGCACUCUUGGCCCUGCUAAACUUCUCCUGCAUCCUGUUUUACCGCUGCAAUAUCAACUCUCCCCUUCUCGUGAUAUUUCCCAGCUGCGUCUUCGUUUCGCUGAAGUAUUUGUGUCAAGGUAUGUUAAGUUUCUGGAAGCAAGCCAGUUUCCCCCUCCCCCCUCCCGUGUGUUUGUGGGGGGUGGGGUUGGAGUGCAGAAGGGAGAUAACUGUUAAGGGGUUUCAGGUUUUCCUGUGUGUAGCUCUUUGUAUGUUCCCCAGAUAUCUCACAGCACAUCUGAGUUAGAUGUGUGCUGCCAAACAGCAGGAAGCGUUCUCUAAAAUGCCAACAAAUCUUUCCCCUCUCCAUCCACCCUGCACCUCCCUCCCUCCUCCCUCCUGCUAGUCUGGGAGGGAGGAAGAGGCGGGGCUAGUGCCAUACACAGGGAAGUAACCUUUCGGUUCCCUUGCAAGGAGUAGGACAAACAGGAAUUGCUGGCCCAUGAGAAGUGCCAGCUAGCCUGUCUAACAGCUCCCCAUGACGGCUGCGAUAUGGAAGAGAAUUAAUGGGCUACCGGCCUUGGGACAUCCGGAGUCCAAGCCCAACACAAAGUCCAACAUGCUGCGAGGCCGCGGCCCAGUUACCUCCGCUGAUGAGCAGCCACACAUUGGGAACUACCGCUUGUUGAAGACAAUUGGGAAGGGCAACUUCGCCAAGGUCAAACUGGCACGGCAUGUCCUGACGGGGAAAGAGGUGGCUGUGAAAAUAAUUGAUAAGACGCAGCUGAACUCCUCCAGCUUACAGAAGCUCUUCCGGGAAGUGCGAAUAAUGAAGGUUUUGAAUCAUCCUAAUAUAGUUAAAUUAUUUGAAGUAAUAGAGACAGAGAAGACACUGUACCUCGUCAUGGAGUAUGCCAGUGGGGGUGAGGUGUUCGACUAUUUAGUAGCCCAUGGAAGAAUGAAAGAGAAAGAAGCACGGGCAAAAUUCCGACAGAUAGUUUCUGCUGUGCAGUACUGUCACCAAAAAUUCAUUGUACAUAGAGACUUGAAGGCAGAGAACCUGCUCUUAGAUGCCGACAUGAACAUUAAAAUUGCAGACUUCGGUUUCAGCAACGAGUUCACGUUUGGCAACAAGCUUGACACCUUCUGCGGGAGCCCCCCGUACGCCGCCCCUGAGCUUUUCCAGGGCAAGAAGUACGACGGCCCCGAGGUGGACGUCUGGAGCCUAGGGGUUAUCCUUUACACACUGGUCAGCGGCUCCCUGCCCUUCGAUGGGCAGAACCUCAAGGAGCUGCGAGAACGGGUCUUGAGGGGGAAGUACCGGAUCCCCUUCUACAUGUCCACGGACUGUGAGAACCUGCUGAAAAAAUUCCUCAUCCUCAACCCUAGCAAGAGAGGCACUUUAGAGCAAAUCAUGAAAGACCGCUGGAUGAAUGUGGGUCACGAGGACGAUGAACUGAAGCCUUAUGUGGAGCCUCUGCCCGACUACAAGGAUCCCCGGCGGACAGAGCUCAUGAUAUCCAUGGGAUAUACCCGGGAGGAAAUCCAAGACUCCUUAGUCAGCCAGAAGUAUAACGAAGUCAUGGCUACAUAUCUGCUGCUAGGAUACAAAAAUUCAGAGCUUGACAACGAUAGCAUUACCCUGAAGCCACGGACCCAACCCGAACUUGCCAACAGCACCGCCCCCUCCCCGUCGCACAAGGUACAGCGCAGUGUAUCAGCCAACCCCAAGCAACGCCGCUUAAGCGACCAGGUACCCACCAUCCCAACAUCCUCCUCGUACUCCAAGAAAACCCAGGCAGCCAACGCAGAGAACAAGCGGCCCGAAGAGGAGCGGGAGGCUGGGCGCAACAAGGCCAGCAGCACGGUCAAAGUGCCUGCCAGCCCCCUGCCCAGCCUCGAGAGGAAGAAGAGCACCCCCACACCUUCCACAAACAGCGUCCUCUCAACCAGCACAAACCGGAGCCGCAACUCCCCUAUGCUGGACCGGGCCAGUUUGGGCCAGAACUCCAUCCAGAACGGCAAAGAUAGCCUAACCACUCCAGGCUCCAGGGGUUCUACCGCUUCAGCUUCCGCCGCCGUGAGCUCUGCGCGCCCGCGACAGCACCAGAAAUCCAUGUCUGCCUCGGUGCACCCCUCCAAGCCCGCGCUGCCCCCCUCCGACAAUAACUGUGAGGCGCAGCGACCCAGCACUGCACCCCAGAGGGUCCCCGUCGCCUCUCCCUCGGCCCACAACAUCAGCAGUGCCCUCCCGGAGCGCACCAACUUCCCGCGGGGCGUCUCCAGCCGCAGCACUUUCCAUGCCGGGCAGCUCCGGCAGGUCCGGGACCAGCAGAACCUCCCCUACGGCCUCACGCCCGCGUCGCCCUCCGGGAACAGCCAAGGCAGGAGGGGGGCCUCAGGGAGCAUCUUCAGCAAGUUCACCUCCAAAUUUGUGCGCAGAAAUCUGUCUUUCAGGUUUGCCAGAAGGAACCUGCAUGAGCCCGAAAGCAAAGACCGUGUGGAGACGCUCAGGCCUCACAUGGUGGGCAGCAGCGGCGACAAGGAGCGGGACGAGAACCGGGAGGCCAAGCCGCGCUCGCUGCGCUUCACCUGGAGCAUGAAGACGACGAGUUCCAUGGAGCCCAACGAGAUGAUGAAGGAGAUCCGGAAAGUGCUGGACGCUAACAACUGCCAGUGCGAGCUGCAGGAGAAGUACAUGCUUCUGUGCAUGCACGGAGCGCCGGGCCACGAGGCCUUUGUCCAGUGGGAGAUGGAGGUGUGCAAGCUCCCCCGCCUCUCCCUCAACGGCGUCCGCUUCAAGCGGAUAUCGGGCACCUCCAUGGCCUUCAAGAACAUUGCCUCAAAAAUCGCUAACGAACUGAAGCUUUAACAGGCCCCCCGGGGGGGCUCAGCCUGCACGCGCAUGGGGUGGGGGUUAGGAGUAAAAAGCUGCAAUUUUAACUCUGGAAGGGUUUGUUUUUCGAUACCCUGGUGCAGGACAGAGAUUGGGGGGCAGGGAAAGGGGGCGGCAGCUGGAUGUUUGGGGACAUCCCCCCUCUCCAUCACUCUCCCCCCCCCGCUGUUGGAUCGCCAUGGAGACAGAGUGCGUGGGGUAGUGGUUGGCAGCCACCCAGCCCGUCUCCGUGGCAACAGUAGUGGGAGCGUACCAAGGGCUGUUGGUCUCUAUAGUGACUGUGUUGGGGGGCAUCCCUUUUGGUCUCCGUGGCGACCAUGGUACUUUCCUUUUAUUUUAUUUUUUUGUUGUUGCACAUGAGACAGGGUUUUAAAUUUUUACCAAACACAGCAAAAAGCAAAGAUGGGGAAAUAAGUGGACACCCCGCCUCAACUGCCAGAGCUCGCCCUCCCCCACAAUGCCUUUUACCUCCCACAAUGCCUUUCACUCGCACCCUCCUCUUCCGCUCCUUGUGUUGGUGGUGGGCUUUCAGCUGCCGAGUGUGUGCUCGCUCAUGCCCUGGGAGAGUUGGGGUUUCCCCCGUCAGGCCAGUGAUGGACAGUGGUGGGUUCGGAUGGUUCUGCGGUUGCCCUCUCCUCCCCUUCCUACUCUCGGCCAGUUCUGCUCCCAGAGAUCAGGGCCUGUUUUCGGCAAGGCCGUUGGAAGGAGUAUAGUCCUCCAAUUUGCUCUUCUUCUGGCAGGGGUCCUGAGACCCCCUAUAAGAAGAGUGGGGUGGAGAUUCUAGCCAUGCAUAUGGUUGCCUCCCACCUUGGAAGAGCAAAGGGUGGGGAGUGUUCCAAGCCACAGCAGUCCAUUUCUUCACCUCUGACGACCCUCCCCCCCCCCAGCAAUUCUCUUCCCUGCAAGCUCCAGGAGCAACAGCAUAAAGCUAGCAAGGGUUUCUGGGAGCAGAGCAUUCCUUUGUUCAGCCCGAGCCAGUUUCUUUUAUGGGCUUUGACAGCUUGCACAGCAUCAUGGUUAGAACUGCUGCCCCAUCACAGUCUUGCUGGUGCCUUGCUUGUUGGUUCUGACCCCAAGCCCCCACCCCCACCCCUGUCUCCAGCACUUCCAGGCUAAGAUAACUUUCAGCAUGUUUCUUCCUGACCCAAGAUGCUCUGGAACACACCAGACACUUUGCACACGUGUUCAUACUUGGCUUCUUUUCCUCUGUGCCCGAGAGUGGCUUUGGCUGUUACUAAAGCAAGUGGCACCAUCUGCCUGUGGGGAGAGUUGCCUGAGGGGUCAUUAGCUGGGGGAACAGAUAUUUUUGCCCCAGUCUUUCCAUUACGGAAGACGACAUACACAGGUCAUGCUAAUGUUUGGGGGCAAGAGGAAGAGCUUUGUGGUGUGGUAUGUAGGGGGGCUCUGUUAACACUCUCCCUGCCCAGGUAGUGGUUGCAGCAGUGGUCACCGGUAUGGUGGAAGAUAAGGGGAGCUCCCCCUCCCAUUUACCUCCUUCCCUGCAUCUACAAAAGCAGGAUAGCACAGCCUGCCCUUCCUUCCCUCUUCAAAAAAACUCACCUUCCCGUUUGACAAGCCAGCUUUUCCCCUCCUCUUUCCAAAGCACAAGAGAAAAAUGGGACCCUGGCUGCAAUUACCUCUCUUGUUCCUCCCUCCCCUUCACCACACCACCCCUCAAGCUGGGUUUCUUCCAUUGUCAUAUCACCACUUGAGAAUGUAUUUUCAAUCCUCUUUGGGGUGGUUGGGCUCCCCACCCUGGCAGUCUGUACUGAGCUCCUUCAACCCCACCACUGUCACACACACACACAAAUCUGGUUUGUAUAUAACUGUACUGAUACCUCGGUUUUGUGAGUGGUUACUUUUUUUUUUAAUUCUGAUCACAAAAUGCCUUUUUUUAAAAAAAAGAAAAAAAAUCAUGUCCCUUUUUUGUUCAUCCCCCCUCCUCUAGGGACGCUGCCGUUUGAUGUAGUUUUACAGGUUCUAGAUUAAAACUUUCCAGAAAGUA